CAAAAAAUGUAAUCUGUGAUUUUGUUUACAAUACAAAUCAAUUAAUUAGCUUCAACAAUAGAUUCAGAAAGUUAUUCAUCGAUGUAUUCUUAUUAUUUUGUUUCUAACAUUUUAAUGUUUUUUACUUGAAACACAGGGGUUUUCGGCCUUCCGUCCUUUCUACCUGGUGACUAAUCUCAUGUUUGUAUUUCACCAAAGUGAACUGGAAAGCUUGGAAAUGGACAGAAUUGAAGACCAUGUACUUGAUUCUUUAGCAUCACUGUUUCAUUUACUCGAAUACAAUCAAGGUGUACAGUUUGGCAUUUCGAUCAUGGAUUGAAUUAUUUGCAUUCCCUCUAUGAAGAGGUACUAUUAAACAAUAGUGAGACAGUGCAAAUCAAUCAAUAUAUUUUCUAUUUUGUGAUUGAUAUCCAAGAAGGUCUAGAUUCAAUAUGCAAAGAAUUGGCUGCUGAAUGGAAUCUUGGGGUAUAGACAUGGCGUAUAAUUCAUCAAUAUUAAAUACAUUUAAGAGCUGAUGCAUUUUCAUUGAUCAAAAGGACAGUGACAGAUUCUGCCUGUUUUUGAGUCAGAGAUUUUUCAAUGCCAAUCGAUAGAGGACACUCGACCCAUAAGGAAUGUUCAAAACCUUACAGAAAAUUUCGAACCUAAGGCCGAAAAAACGCGGUCAAAGUCGAAUUUUUUAAACAGUAUUUUAAAUGUAAAUAAAGGUUUUUCGUACUGAAAAAAUGUUGAAAAGCUUAAAAAAGCUGUUUUCAAUGUACCUUUCAACUUUUAAUGGUCAAAUAGUGUAAAUAAUGAUUUGUAAGUUUACAGUAUGACCUCAUAAGCUGAAUGUUUGAUUCGGUGAUUGUGAACUUAUUAAAUGCAAUUUUGUUCUCUCAGUAGUUCGUACAGGGUUACACAAUGACAACGCCAAUGGAAAACAGUAGUAAGUAAGGUCUAUCUACAACAUAAGAAGGCGGCCUUAACUCGCGCAUGCUAAACAGGAAAAGGGGAAGAAAAAGGGGAGAUAAACAAAACAACCAAUACGCAGAAAUACUUUAUUGAAUAUAUUUUUUCAAUACAAAGUCAUAUUUUUUUACAAUUUUCAGUUUCUUUUGGCCAGCCAUAAUUUCAACAGCUUUUUUAAGGCUGUUUACCACACAGGUUCUCUCGCCAAGUUCCUGCCUUCCACUAGCUAUAUCAGCAUAUCUAAUAUUCAACUUUUUGGCAAUGAUUUUCUCGAUACUGCCAGGGCUUACUUCUAGGGGUACCAAAGGAUCAUCGUCACAACUUCAAUGACAAUAUUAAUGUACCUUUAUCGGACCCGAGGUCUUGGUAAUGAUCCGAUUAGCCUGUUGAUUAAAGGUUUAAAUGGCAGGGAAGAGUCUAAAAGUGGACUUGCAAAAGCUGCUGUGGUCACAUCAAAUGGAUGCAACAAUAAACAAUUUUUACCAACAAAACAAUCAUUCCUUUGGUCGCUAUUGACCAAUUCGCAUCCAACCUGUCCUCAUAAAACAUAUUCAUCUUGUUUCACUUAUACUGCCCAUGGAUUCAUUAAAUCAUCUGGAUUAACUUGGUCCAUUUUAACUCUCAUCUCUUCGGUUAAAAAUCCUUCCCGUUUAAUGAAAGAUCCUUCAAUUGUAUUGCGAGCUGCUCGUAAUAGUAAAAAUGUACGUUUCGCGGGUUUCCUUGGACUUUUUGUGGCCACCUUUCGUCUUGUCAAUCGCACUCUUCGGACAAGUUGCAAUGGUUCUGCUGGUUGGCAUGCAGCUCUGGCCGGUUCACUUGCUAGUCUUAAUAUGACACUUUCACCCAACUCCACCAUAUCAACCUAUGUAACAUGGAAGUGCAUUGAAAACGUUUAUUGUCUUGGCUAUGCAAAUGGCUUGUUAACUGAUCCAGUUAAUAUAAUACCCAUUAUUUAUGCUGCUUGUGUUUCAAUUAUAUUUUAUUGUGGAGUUUUAUCACCUGAUACUGUAAGACCUUCGUAUGUUAAGUUCAUGGACUCUGUAACUAGACAAAGAAUCCACCAAUUUAAUCGUAAUUUGCUUGCUGUUUUCAAAACUGGAGCUGAAAAAGAUUACGAAGAUUACGUCCCGAAUUUGCAUCCCAAUUUUUGUACCAAAGCUUUUCUUGAAACAAAUUAUCUUUGGAUGCUUUCAGUAAACUAACCUUGAUUAUUCAGCAUUUCACUCGGACUAUCCCAGUUCUGGGAUUUUUAAUUACUAGUCAAUCAAUACAUUUGGACUUUAAAUGCUGAUAAUUGAGGGAUUAUUAUUCAAAGUAAUGCUAAUCAAACUCAAUUUAAAACCAGUCUUGUGUAUCAUUGAUCAAGCAGUAUUUUAGAUAAUAAGAUUAUCGAUUGUUAACUAUUCUUAUAUUUUAAGGCUGAUAAUUGAAUAAAUUUUACAAUUUAACUAUUGAUUUCACUUAAACGUUGUGUGAAAUCGGUUAAUGAUAUUUUUAUCAACUUAAAAAUGGAAAGCAUUUAAUUUAAAUAUUAGAAUCAAAAAGACACGGAUUUUACAGAAUUGUUUUGGCCUUUCUGUUGAUUUAAAGGUAAUCAUCACCGGUAUACGAUAUGAGGUAUCGCGAUGCAGGAUUAUUAAACGAGAGUGUGCCUUAUUAUUUUUUAUACCAUUUAAGCUAGAUGUUAAAACCAUUAACUUCUCUCCAUUCUUGGUACAUUUGCGGGCUUCUUUCACCACAGCUAAAGGUGUACAAUAAAUUGAUAAACGAGGAUCCCCAGAUGCGGCACCAUAGAUUUUCAACAUUUGCAAAUCUUUGCAGGCAAAAACUUCUUCUAAAAGGAAAACUUUGAAUUACUUGCAAUGGUAGUCUCGCUGUAUGUAAAAAACUUGCACAAAAGAGUCAAUAUACCAAGGGUUAGGCAAAAGAUGAUACCGAUUUCAAAUUGAAAUAACAUGUCAGAUUUUGAUUUUUUGGGUUAGAUUUUUUUCAUACAGAUAAAAUUCAGUCUAUUAUCUUUCCUUUGGUACUAUGCUCGCAGUUUUUGAACGCACAAAUAGCCCGCAAAUCGAUUUUUAAAAAGAGUUGAUGGAAAACAUUUUCUGAAACCUAUGGGAAAAUUAACAUGUAAAAAUCAAGUUUUUCCGAUUUUCCAUAGACGCGCCAUGUUAAACCUUAAAAAACUUUUUUCAUGGACUUGUUUUUAAAAUCGGGCUGAGCGUUAUCUGUCUAUCCCAAAACUACGAAACUAGCAAAAAAUUAAAGACGAAGAACUGAAUUUUCAUCUUAUAAAAAAAAUUUAAUUAACAAAAUCAAAAAUCGAUAGAUUAUUUCAUUUUGAAAACGGUAUCAUUAUUUCCUACCCCUUGGUACAUUCAAAGUAAAGGGCAUCGUUGUAAAGACCUCUGCCUUUUUUAAUUGAAUUAAACCCCCCUUUUUCAGUGGGGAAAGUGUACUGAUGGGGGCAAUAGUUUGGUUAGGGAUAGCUUUAACUGGGGUGAUAUCUCUAAGGAUGGACAUGAUGACUAUAUAAGUUCGAGGUAUGUAAAUUGAAUACUUUAGUGAAGCAAAGCACAACAUAUUUAUACCCCAAUAUUAAUCAGUUUAUGGUUUAAUCAGUUCAACUUUGAGUGAUUUAAUCUCUGUACCAUAGUAAAUUUCCAGACGCCUUUUAGAUUUUGAUUUUGCAGUUGUUAAUGCUGGCAUCAAAACUUUGACUGGUGAUGACUGGAUAACACUAAAGGAGCUCUGGCAAAAAAUAAACCCGACAAACUCUGGAAAUACGCGAAAGUCCGAAAUGACAAUUUCCAAACAUAGUCCAGGUGAAAGGCCAUCUGAAAAAACCUAUACCUCACCUGUGUCAAACCUCUGGCUCACUGAGUUUAUUGCCAAAUCUGGCAACUCCUUAUACUUUAAUACACAAAAACUUAGUUAAUUAGCUAACGAAGUAUUUUUGCAAAAAAAACUUAAAGGUAUGUUUAAUUAUUGUUUAUAAGCCUCGAAUAUUUAUUAAAAGUUGUUAUCUCGGUGUUAUUUUUUCCGACUUCCAAACGCGUUUUUCAUGCCUUAAGUCCGCACAUGGAAAUUCAUACCUGUGGGGACUUUUGCUUGUUUAUAUGUCCUCUAUCGAAUGGUACUAUCAAAUAGCUGGCUUACAAUUGGCAGUUUUACAUAGGCUUUCUGUCACCCUCCUUUCAUUCGAAAUUUAUCGUUGCUAUAUUUUUAAAUAUGAUCAAUUCAUCAGCUCAGCUAUAGAGCAACUAGCUAUGGAAAACUCAACGCCUAUCAAAAUUGAAUUGAAACUAGAAGUGUUGAUAAUAUUUGAAACGAGAUGAUAUAUUGAAACAUUAAAUCUGUCCGAGAUUUUUCCCAUUCUUCCCUCUUCAAAUCAAUCUAAAUAAACUCAUGAUCACACCCAUGGUAUUCAAUUGUUCUUUACUCGUGUCAUCAUUAUUCAUCAUCACCCUGACAAGCUUAAAAAAUGCUUUUAAUAAAAGAUUGAAUAAAAUAACAUUAGUAGGUCUAAAGGGAAAGUGAAAAAAGCAAACAUUGAAAUAGUCAACACACCUUUAUAGCUAUUUCACACGAGAAUGACUUGAUAAUUGUUAGACAAAAAAUGAAAAGCUGAAUGUUAUUCACCAAAUAAGC